CUUUUUCAACUACACCUCUUUCCCAGGCCGACCGUCGUGGGCUUUUUGGACGGCAUCACGUCCAGUCUCCGCCGCACGACAACGGAAGGGACAAGGAGACGACGGUUUGCUGACUUUUGGCAAAUACUAUUGCACCACUGCGGCUUCUCUUCUACCAUCCGCGCACGCGACACACGGCCCCGAGUCUCAUCGCCCAGGAGCCGUCAUAUUGCGACGCCUUUCACUGGCCUUGGCACAACUUGCAAUCACCUACUACAUCAUCGGUAUCGCAUGAGCAUUUUACUUUGCUAUCGCUACAGAAGCUGCCCAUCAAAACAGCUUAUUCCUCUCCAUUGCUUUGGUAAGCGACCUAUCUCGACUCGGCCUCUUCGGACCCCGUUUGCUCAUCUCAUCUCAGUGGCUGAAACUCAUCAUGGCGGACAACACAUCCACCCCCGCCGACCCGAUGGCUGCAGCCUCGAAUGCCAUGAUGGCCUCCAUUCAGGACUACAUUCGCACUGCCGUCACCACAGAAGUUGCAAAUCUCCCGAACGCAACUCAGCCCGCUCAACUUGCGGCCCUUCAGAGUCGUCUCGAGACUGCCAACCAGGAGAACUCUGAAUUGAAGGAGAAGAUCAAGCAGAUUGAGAGUAAGAAGUCCACUCGUCACAGUCACAAGCCAGGCGAGCGAGACACCGUCAAGGCGGCCUUCUCCUCUUACCUGGGCUUUCCUCUUCCAGACUCGAAGCUUUCCCGCCAUUCCCACAGCAAGAGCAGCAAGUUCCCCCAGUUCCAGAAGUUCCCCGUCGAAAUUCGCAUGAAGAUCUGGAAGCUUGCUCUCCCUGCCGGACGCAUUUUUGACCUCUCUAACGUCGAUGCCCACUUCUCUCGUGUUCUCCGAGCCCCGAUUGCCGCCAACAACGGCGCGCCUAACCCUGCUUUGGUCUUGCGCCAGGCCUCCGGGCUCACUGAAAUGAGUGUGACCGCCCACAAGACGCCCAAGCUCCGACUCGCUUGCAAAGAGGCCAACAAGGCAUUCCUUGAGGCAGGUGGCUUCGAGUUUGGCUUGUUCGGUGGCCCAUACAAAGGCCUUUGGUACAACUAUUCAGAGGACAUCGUCUUUGUCCGCGAAGAGCCGCGUACCUGGGCCAACCUCGACAUGUCUCGCAUCGUCCGUGUCGCCUUCCCGCAUAAUAGAUUUAUGUGCAAGGCCGAUGCUACCGCCAAGAUGGACACCAUCCUCGAUCACUUCACCUCCUGCAGGGAGGUCAUCCUCAUGCAGACUAUGGAGUGGGAUAUCCGCUCCUGCCUUGCAAGCCCUCGACUGCCUGCCAAGCUUUUCCCGCUACAGGAAGCCGAUCCUAUUAGCACCCAUGACUACCCGAAGGAGCUUUCUGACGACGUCGGUAGCGUCGCAACCUGGGGCGAUGUCAAGCGCAUUGUUGCCCAGAUAUGGGAGGACCACGUCGUCAACGUGAAGCAUCUCAGCCCUGUCCGUGUUCCCAAGUUCUCCGGGAUUGAGGUCCUCAAAGCUCGCCCGAGCUACUUUGACUAGAGGACAAGAUAGAGAAGGUAGCUUGGAUGACUUUCAGCUUGAUCCUUGAUGAUCCACGCAGGAUUUGAUAUGUACCGUAUUUCGGUACUUUCCAUUGGGAGAAGAGGCGUUUGGGUUGGUUUCUUCAUCGUACGAUAGCUAGUCACGC